AUGUCAUCAUUCCGUCAUCCGCAGGCAACACCGGCAAGAAACUUCCAAGACAUGUCAUCUCGUGGCCCCAAAGUUCCAGAUCGUCCCCUUCAACCUUAUAUGCGAUACAGUCGCAAAAUGUGGCCGAAAGUGAGAGCCGAAAAUCCGGAUGCUCAAUUGUGGGAUAUCGGGAAAAUCGUCGGAAAGAUGUGGCUGGAGACGACUGAUGCGGAAAGAUCAAUUUUUCAGCAUGAAUAUGAGUUAGAGAAGGCUGACUAUGAUAAACAAAUGAAAAACUUCCAAGGCAAUGGAAUGUCGAACUUCAUGAUGAGCAAGAGUCGAGCGAAAAACAACGAGAAAAUGUCCAGAAAUAGAAUGGAUGCCGGAGGAGUCGUUAUUCAACCGGUGGAUGAAGAUGAUGGUGGUAAUGAGAUGAGCACUCGACGUCUGGCGGGAGUGAGAUAUGAAAGAAACAACCGACUCGUCAGUGAUCUUUUCUCUCCAAGCAUCGUCACCGAUACGAGAACGGUCGUUCCUCAUCAUCGAAUGGACAUGCUGAAAAGACAAGCUGCUUCUUUGGGAACACAUCAAAGUAAACUGGAAGAAGAAUUGACAAAACUGGAGAGAGCCCAUGAUAAUAGAAAGAGAGCUAUUGAAAAAGGAAGUGAUGAUUUCCAAGAGCAAUUGAAGAAGGUGGUCAGCGAGAAACCAGUGGUAGACGAAGAUAAGUUCGAACAGACUGUUAAAGAGUGGGAAGAGAAACUCACAGCCGCAUACGAAGAGUAUAAGAAGAACAAAACUGAUUCAGCGACACAGAAUGCGAAUUCUGCACCUCUGUUGAGGAAUUUGGUAAUGGAGGAAACGCCGAAGGCAGGAGGACGAAACAAAGAGCAAAAAGAAACUGUCCAGGAGAAACAAGUCGAAAGCAACGACAGUGUGCCAAAUGAGAGUGUGGAAACGGAUAAUACUGAGACUGCUGAGGAUAAAACCCCUGAUAGCCACAAUGCGGAACAGAAGCCAACAGAGGACGAGAAAAUGGAAGAAUAA